UUACCCACCCGCAAGACCACGGCAUUCGGAGUGGAGUGCCGCAGUAUAAAAGUGGAUAUCGAAUGUGCGGAUGUUACUCGUAUAUCGUAUAAGCAGCAGCCGCAUGCAGAGCCGGUGAAUCGCUGCGAGUGUGUAAUGUAAAUAAGAGAUGUGAUCAGAGCUGCUGUUGCCUAUAAAAUGACUGCGUCGUUACGACGAAGCUGCGCCCUCCGGGUCCUCCUCGUUGGUUCCUGGUGGCUGCUGCUGUCCCGGCCAGUUAUCGGGGCGCCGGAUCCUUCCGAGAUAACGACACCGCCGCAAGGUCCAUCGACGCCGGGGAAGCUAAAAUUCGCGGACAAAUGCCAGCAGGACAACGACUGCGGUUUCGUCGGUUCUUACUGCGAGCCAAGAACGAAUAAGUGCAACUGCAAGGAGGAAUUUCCGGCAACGAAUCACUUCGACAAGUGCGGAGUCAAGGCUAACAUCAACGAGUCCUGCUUCUUCCGUGAACAAUGCGAAUCGAUGGUAAAACAGACCGAGUGCCGGGACGGAAGAUGCAUCUGCAUUUUCGAAAUGGUUCCUGUACCUCGAUUCAACGGCGAGAUAGAAUGCAUUGCCGAGCACACGGAGCCCCCGAGUCUACAAUACGUAGAUCCAGCAAUGAUUUGGGUUCUUGUAGCCAUGGCACUAAUGUUCAUUAUAUUAUGCGUCGUGCUUAGACUUUUCAGCAAGGCUCGUUGGCGGGAAAACCGGACGAUAUUCAACACGCCGAACCCGCGUUUAAUGAACGUGUCCCUGCUGAGGGACAGCAAACUUUUGCAUGGACAGGAGCGGCGUGGCUCCCGAGGGAGCGUAAGGGGCCCAUCGAGGCAGCCCUCGGUGGCGUCUCUAAGGGCUCACUCACCCUCGGCAUCGCAAGGUGCGAAAAACUCUCAACGAGUGAACCGAUCUCGAACAGGGUCUAGAAGAGGAAGUCGAGGAAGCACAGGAAACGCAUCAGCGACCUCAACGAGAUCAAACAAAUCGCCACCAGCAACGCAACCGAAUAACGUAACCGUCGAAAUUCAAGACGCCGCCGUCGCGUAGACGGAUCAAUCGAUCAAUCAAUCAGAUAAACACAUUCAUUCUUUUCUCUUUUUUUUCCCACAUUAUUU